AUGUGUGUCUCUUGUGAAUUCAACGUGCAGCGGGUCAUGGCAGACUACCCACCGUUUAUCGCGCGCGACUCGACCACCUUCAAUGCCGAAGAGUUCCACGGCGAGCAGCAUACCUACGUGCAGUCGCGUACGGACCCGGUCUCCUUCUACUACACCUCUUUUGCUUGGAAAAGCUAUACUGUCACAAAGCCUCAAGAAUACAGGAUUAUCUCGCGACAUGGGUUGAUCACAGGGUGGAUAAACCUCACCAACGACUUGCUUCGAUAUGCAAGCCUCACGCGAGCGCUGAACAAGACCACCGCAGAACAGGUAAAGGUGCUAGAAUCUGAUAUUGCGGUCCUUCGGAAGGAGGCGAACGAGGCCCAUUACAUGUACAGACAAAUCCUAAACGCAGUAAGACGCCAUUCACCAACCGUGCUCUCUCGACUAAUGUAUACUUGCACAAAGCUUGUACACUUCCUUAUCCAGCACCUGGAGCUCAACGAGACAAGCGGUUUGGCUACGCACAUGCCGCCUUGGGCCCUUGCCCUCGACUAUGCACUCGCUGCGGCCACCAGGCCGGAUCCCGGUGGCCGAGCGGUAGGUAGUUCAGUUGACAGGCUUGAGAAAGCUCUGGCAGCUGUCAAGCUGUACGAGGACCCCGGGAUUGUACGGGUUUAUCCUGACGUAGGUUCUGGGCCAGAUUUCGCCCGUGCUUACUGGGAAGGCCCCCGUGGCGGCAUCCGACGUUGA